AUGCCGGGCAGCGAAAACCAGACAUACCCUAUUAUCAUGGCAAUCGACUGGGGUACAACCUAUUCUUCCAUGGCUUACGCUUUCCAACAGGAUGGUGAAGUGCACGAAGUGUCGAGCUGGCCAAAGCAAACACACAGCUAUCCUAAGGUGCCCACAUGUAACCUUUAUGGUCCAGGCUCGAAAGAAAUCAUCGAGUGGGGAUACCCAGCUAAAUUAGCCAUCACUAAACCACCGUUCAAGAAUCAUGUUCUCCUGUCAAAGUACAAGCUACAUCUCGAUGAAGCCUCUGGCCCCCACCCACCGCUUCCUAAUGGUCUUACGGUCGUCGAUGCCAUUGCAGACUAUCUCCGCCUUUUCCAUGCACAUGUUCUUCAGACAGUACUCAAGGGAUUUGGAUCGUCAUUCAAUCAACAACACAUCCAGUACUGUCUCUCGGUGCCCGCUAUGUGGGCUGAUAAUGCCAAGGCCAUGAUGCGUCAAGCUGCGCUCCAGGCUGGCAUGAUCUCACAUCUGGAUCCACCCCACCGGCUCCUUUUGAUCUCAGAGCCGGAAGCUGCUGCUCUUUAUUGCGAGAAAAAGUGCGACCAGUUUUCGAUAGGACAUGGUCAGCGAUUUAUGAUUUGCGAUGCUGGUGGAGGGACCGUAGAUUUGAUCGUCUUUGAGGUUGCAGUGGGACCGAAUGGCCGGACACUAAGGGAAGUCACCAGGGGAAGCGGGCAUAGCUGCGGAUCAAUCUUUUUGGACGAGCGUAUGGAGGCACUAUUGAGGAAACGGUUUGCAAAGUGGCAGGAGAAGGGACUUACGGCCGCCAAUUGGGUCCAACUUAUGGAUACAUUUGUCCACAAUGUCAAGCCCCUGUUCGAUGGAGUGGAGGAUCAGUACCUCACCAUGCCUGCGGUGCCCGGCCGCGCUGAACUGACGGAUUAUGAUAUUGGACUUGAGGACGGUGUAUUGACGGUGACAGCGGAGGAAAUGAGGCGUGAGGUGUUUGAUCCUGUAGUGAACGAUGUAUUGCGGUUGAUUCAACAUCAGUUUCAGCAGACACAUUUCCAAUGUCAUGCCAUCUUUUUGGUCGGUGGAUUCGGAUGUUCAUCGUAUCUGCACACGCGUGUCAUGGCUGAGUUUGGAUCAAGGGUGCCGCUGAUCGGUGUGCCUCCUCGUGCGGAACUGGCUGUGGUCCGGGGAGCAGUGUAUGCGGGCUUGAUGCCUCGGAUGAUCACACAGCGGGUGGCACGUCGGUGGUACGGAGUCGACUCAAUGAUGGCGUUCGAGGAAAAUGUUGAUUUGAUGUCGAAGAUGGUAAGCGAUCGCAUGGGGCAGGUUCGAGCAAGGGAUCGGUUCUCGGUUUAUGCGGCCCCAGGACAGCAGAUCGGAGUGGACGAAUGUAUAACGAAGCGGUAUAUCACAUACCAAUACCCCAAGCCAGUAAACUCGCCGCUGUUUGCGUGUUCGUCGAUGAACCUGCCCCGGUAUGUGGAUUCGCCAAUGGUGGAGAAGAUUGGUGACUUUUUGAUCCCGCUCCCUUUUAUUCCAGGAGCUCAGCCAGGCCACAAGGUGGUGUUUGAACUGCGAAUGUAUUUUGGGGCGACGGAGAUUCGGGCGGAGGCAGAGGUCAAUGGAGUGGUAGUCAGCACGCGCUGCCAGUUUGCAGGAUGA